UUUCGCGUGUGCUGAAAUAUUUUUAUCAUUAAAACCCUCAGAUCAGAGAUUAGGCGGAUAAUAAUCUUCGGCUUCCAUUGAUACUCCUAUCUACCGCAAAGGCAUGUGUUUUAUUUAUUCUUUUCAUUUGAUUCAUUCAUCUUUUUUCUCUGUCAUUUAUUCAUGCAUUUUCAUCGUUCCGUUUCUACUUGAUACACGAAAUUGAAAAGACUCUUAGAUAAACGAUCUCGCCGAACAACAGCGUCAAGUGUAAAUAACACCUCAAUUAAAGAAAAAUACAACGUCUCCAGAAACACCCUAUCGUCGAACGUAAACAACACAGGAGACGGGUGAUUCUUCGUCAACGUCAAAAUUUCGAUUCUCUAACAACGUAAACAACACAGGGUAAAGUACGAUCGUGGACAGUUGCCUCGGCGUUGAAUCUAACCUAUUUCGACAUUUUUAAGGGUAGCUUUUGUUUUCUCAUUUUUUUUUAUCUCUUUGGCUUUGAUUUAUAUAUUUUUUCGGUAUUUAUAUACCGAAUGGGAGCUGAUAACGUUGCGAAUGAAUUAAAUUCGUGUUAUUACGUUUACCCGCGUAAAAGAGAGGGAGAACGGAAUUCCGAAGAGGAAGAAAGAUUUGAAAAAAAAAAAAAAACAAGGGAGCAUCAACAGUCGAAUAUCGAAUUGAUGAUGGUGGUGCCUGUCGGAGUGUCGGUGCGUCGUCGCGUCGUGUGCGGACAUUUUACGUCGCUGUAUGCGUAGAGGAGUCGGUGAGGAGAGGAAUCGCAAUAUAGAAGAAGAAUAAGAGGAAGGAGCGGUGAGUGGAAUAAAAAAAACGUCCAAAAGUUGGGGGGGAAAAAAAAUAUCGUACUCCAUGUGUUCGGUGGUCUCGUGUCGCGGCAGCAGCAGCAGCAGCGGUGCGAGCAGCGCUACCAACAUCGCGAACAGCAAACAUCAAUUGGCGGUCUAUUAGUAACGGUGUUUGUGAUUUUCGUCAUUGUGUUGUCGUUCGUGUUUGUAGUGGUGGGCAACGAGGAAACAGAAGCAAAAGUAGAAGAAGAAGAAGAAGAAGAAGAAGAAGAAGAAGAGGAAAAGAAAGGAGGAGAGGAAGAAAAGGAAGAAGAAACUACAGCGGCAGCAGCAGUAGGAACACCAGCAGCAGCAGCAGCACCCAGUAUGGCCGGCUUCGGGUCCUCGCGGCCGCGUCGUCGUCUACAAAUUGAUACGAAAAAGGGUUAUGGUGGUUUCUUCAUCUCGACAACGUUAUCAUAUUCGCUCCUGUAACCGAAACGCGCGAGACGACGCAGUGAUACAUCGUCAAAGCUGAUUCACCACCUCUAACCCCGGUAUUCAACAAGUCUCGUUUACUAAUAAUAAUAGCAACGCACAUCAUCAUCAACAACAACAACAAUAAUCGUUGUACAUAACGAUUGUAUGCACGCUCGCAAACAAUUACAUUUUGACGUAGCUGUCGUCGUCUUAAUCGUCCUCGUCGUUAUUCAUUCUGUCUAUUUUCUCGCAAUAGACGUCUAUGAUAAUAGGUGAACAGUGGUGGGUUUUCUCUCAUAGAGAGAAAGAGAGAGAGAGAGAGAGAGAGUUUAGUGCUAUUACUGCUGCUGCUGCUGUGUUUCGUCGUCGAUCGUAACUAAAAAAGUUCGACCCCUAGUUGUGCGUCGUGUCGUCCCCAGGCCUUACAACCACCACUGUUACAACUACAACUAGAACUACUGGCACCACCACCACCACCGCCACCACCACUGCUGCUGAUGAAUACAAGGAAAAAUAUCGUCACAACGAGAACAACAACGGGAAUAAGAGACGAGACGUGUAAAAUUCAUCUCCACCCUGAUUGGCCUGCACUGCCUGAAGUAGGUGCCACUUAACUGGCAUCUAUCGACUGAAAACUUGGAAAAAUAUAGGAGAAGAAAAUUAAGUAAGCGAAUUAAUAAAUUAAUUAAUUAAUCAAUAAUCAAAUCAAAUCAAAAAGCCUGAAUUAAACGUGUUCUUUAUCGAGGCAAGAGCCUGUUCCCCGAGUUUGAUAAAAAAAAUUAAGCAUAUAGAUAAAUUAAUAACUAGCAAAUUCAAACAAUAAUCAAAAUAUAUUAGCAGAUACAUAAAUAGUCAAAUAAAUAAAUUAUAUAAUCAAAUAAAUUAGAUGAAUAAACAAACAUCCCAUCGGCCAGUUUAAAAUUUAAGUAAAUAAAUAUUGAUACAAAUAUAUAUAUCUAUACACACACAUAUAUAUAUAUAUAUAUAUAUUGAGGAUUUAAAAUAAUUAGAAAAAGUUGAUAAACGUAAUAAAUAUAAUGCAAAUUGAAUCGUUUUCGCGGAUAACAAUAGGAUCGGUAAUCAAACGAUCACAAGAUGAUCUUGAACUUGGUGAAGAUCAUCGGUGGUCUAGGCGACGUGGAUCCCUACCGUGAUGCCAACUAUAUGACGACGACAACGCCAAUGAUAAUUAUAAAAUUAACGAUGAUUAUAAAAAUAAUAAUACUGAUGAUAAUAGUGAUGCCGAAGAAGAAACCCUGAUAGCUAAUAGAAGUGCGGGAUCGGUAAUAUUUCGGUAACAGUUUUUAUUUCUUUUUAUUUAUUGAAAUUAUUAUUGAUUUUGUUGUUUUAAUUUUUCUCUCUUCGCAUCUUUCUGUUUGUUAUUUCUUUUUAUUUUUCAUUGAUUUAUUUUCAUUCAAUUUUUAUCAAUUUUUUUUUUAUCUUUCUCGUCUCUCUCUCUCUCUCUGUUCCCUGGAUCAAAUAUGCGUCCGCAGUAGUGUUUUUGUGGUUUUUCCUACGACUUGGAAAUACUUUUCUUGAAAAUUAGGAGAAAAGUAGAAGAAGAGGAAGAAGAAAAAGGAGAAGAAAACGAAGAAUUGAAGGAAAAAGGGCGGCGAAGGAAAAAGAAAUAAGAAGAAGAAGAAGAAGAAGAAGAAGAAGAAGAGGGAGUGGAAGGUAUUCAAUUCGCCACGGAGGGCGACGCGCGGACAGCUGGACUGGACAUUCUGUCGUCCUGUGGUGGGACGGCGUCAGGGGGGUGUGGGGGCCACCACGGGGACGGGGCCGGGGCUGGGGUUUCCCCUGGUUCUUGUUAACUUUCUCGGCCUCGCUCUACUCGUCGUCGUCGUCGUCGUAGCCUCCUCAUCGGCAUCCUCGUCGUCUUCCGCUGAAGUUAAAAGUUACGGAUCGACCCCCCGCGACGCCGGCGAGCGCGAGUCCCUCGACAAAAAUUCCAAAUUCCUCGACGGAGGUCCGGAGAGAAGAUUUUCGUCGUCGUCGUCGUCGUCGUCGUCGUCGUCGUCGUCAGCUUCGGAAGACGAGGAGUCGGAGGGGCCCCCGGCUACCGAUGUCGUUGGACCGGUUAAAAGAAGUGCGGUAGAGAAUUUUCUAAAGAGUAACGAUUUCCUCGGCGUGAAACGCGGGGGAAACGUUACGGGGAUAGUUGACGACGUCAAGGUGAGUUCGAUUUUUCAAAAGAAUGUCGACGGUAAAUUCGCAAAUGUAACGGAUUAUUCGAUCGGCGAGGAAGUCGUCGAGGGUGGCGCAGGUGCUAGUGGUGAUUACAAGGUAAAUGAAAAAGUGGCGAAGGGGGUUGUCGGUAUAUUUGGAAAAAAAGUGAUUCCGAGUUCUGACGUUAGCGGUGAAGUAGGUAGUGUCGUUACUCGUCUCGGUGGUGGUGCAUCAUCGUCCGGCGGUCCUGCACGGGAGAGGACGACAGUUGCCGCGCCGAUGUCACCGCGGUCGAAUCCUGGAGAGCCAGGAGUCGAAGAAGAAGAAGAAGACGAAGAAGAAGAAGGAGGCGGGGACGAAGAGGGGGAAAAAGUCGAGGGGAUACAGCCUGAAGUUUCUCGAAUACCCCAUCGUCGGGUUCACCACGAUAAAGGGACUGGAAAGGAAAAGGAAGAAGAUAAUCGGAUCGCGGUCGACCAAUUGCCGCCGCCUUCUCCCACACACCGCACCUCUAUGGAAUCACCGAACGGCAGCGGCUACGCGAUCUCAGUUGCUCUGGUAUUCGUGGUGGGGGCGAUCGUGGGAGUGCUGGCCACGGUGUCGCAUCACUUCCAUCGUCGUUAUCAGCGUCGCCUCCCCGACGCCCCCGAGACGAACAACACGACGCCCGAUCAACGCUACCACCUGCAAUCACCGAACGCGAGGAGACGCCACCAUUCCGCCACACCGAUGCUGUCGGUCAGCGGUGGAAUGGAGGUGGGUAGCGGCGGUCGAGGGGGUCGUGGUACUCUUGGGGGUGGCCUUGAGGGUGGACAGACCACAGGAGGUGAAAAUGAUGUCGUGGCGGCUACCAGGGAUAGAGCAGUUAGGGCUAGCAGCGUACGGCAGGAUCUUGCUCUUGAUCUUCCUCCGAGACUUCAAUUACCCGAUGGAGAAGAAAGACCCUAUGGUGCACAUGCUGGACUCCAUCUUAGAGACCCUGAACAGGAAAGUGAGAUAUACCAAAAGUGUGUUAGGCCACCUCCCAAUCGGACAGUAUUCGACAGUGAAAGUCCUCCGGCUUAUAGAAGUCAGACUGCAUUACUCGACGCCCCUGAUAGGAUAGUGAGGUGCCAUAGUGCGGGUAGUUCGAUUCUUAAGGUAUUCAGAAAAUUUCCAUCUUCAGGUAGUUCGACACCGUCGGUUAUUGUACCGAGAAGGCCAACUUUAUCUAGUUACUCGGAAUCGAGUAGCAAUUUGAGCAACUUGUCUAGUUUGACAGUUGUACCAUGUGAAGCUGACGAAACACAUCAACAUGUUUGAUCCUUGGGGAUUUCCGUUAAGGAGAUUAUAAGGGAUGACGAAACCAACCACCGGAUUUGGUGGAAAAUUAACCCAUUCUCUAAAACUCCAGAUCAUUUAAAAGUAUCUGAGUUGUAUGGAGUAACGGUUAUUCUUUUUCUCUAACUUACUUCAAGAUGUAAGAAGAAAGAAGAAUAAAACAAAUCAAACAAGAAACUAACAGAGGAGAGAAAUAAGAACAGAAAAAAUGAGAAACUCUGACACUGUGUUCGUUUAGAAUUGAGAAACUAACGAAUAGUGGAAGGCUGACCAAAAAAGGAACGGAAGAAGAUUCUUGAGGGGGAAUAAAUGAACGAUGAAAUUUGAUGGGCAACGAUUUUUCCCACUGCCGUUUAUUCUCUGUUCUCAUAGCAAUUUUGACGAGAUUCUACCGCAGAGAUAAAUUCCGGGAUACUCGUAGAAGAAAAAUGGAAGCCGAGGAAGAAGAAGAAAAAGAAAAAGCAGAAGAAAAAGAGGGAGAAUAAUGAGAAGAAGUAGAAGAAGAAAAGAAAAGAAGUAAAUAACGUAAAGGACACGUUUUAUAUGGUGAUAUAGAGACGAAAGUGCUAAGUAAAGUUGAAUGGAAGUAACGAGAAUGAAGAAAUGAUGAAGAGAAUGAUAAUCACGGAAUGAAUAAAUUGAAAGAGAAGCAAAAAAAUAAAAGUAAAAGACAUUUAAGACGCGUGUACAGUUGACAUUAAAAACUGAUCGUCUGAUUCCUUAUAUUAGGGAACUUUAGACUACAAGAAAAUUAUAUGUGCACGCUAAAAAAAAUUACUUUACUAAUUUUUUCUUUUUUUUUUUUUUUUUUGGUUUCAAAAUAUUACAGAAAUACACACAUCGUAACAUGGUUCUUAUUCUAACCAAGUUAUACUCAAUAAUGUGAAUAAUCGCAGCAGCAAUUAAAAGAGAGAAAGAAGAAAGAAGAAAAAUCAUAAUUAAAAUAUACUAAAAUUGAAUGAAAUAAAAUAGAACACGUAUGGUACCCUGAACGGUGGCGUAUUGGGCUCAUCACAACACUGUUGGACUACUCAUAGCAUGUUGUAUUUAACGAUCAACGAAGAAAGAAAGAAGAAAAAACACAAAAAAGAAAACAACCACAAAAUAUUAUAGACAUUUAUGAGAUUGGAUAAGUCAACAAAUGAAUAAAUUAAUUAAAACGAAAACUACAACAAAAUAUAACAUAUAACACACGCAUAUAUCAUAUGAUGAA